AUGAAAAUAAUCGCCGACAAUGUAACCUUUCGUGGUCACAAUCAAGAGAGAAAUCACGUUUACGAUUUGUUUACUCGAACUGUAGUCAGUGGUGAAUCUCAUUCUGCUCUGAUGAUAGGGCCUCGAGGAAGUGGUAAAACCACCCUCAUAAACUCUGUCUUACAUCAAGUGAGCCAAGAAGUUGAUCUCUCAAAUGAUGCAAUAAUAAUAAGACUGAAUGGGUUGAUACAUCAUGAUGACAAAAUUGCACUCAAAUCUAUAACUGCACAGAUGCAACUAGAAAAUGCAGUUGGAGAUCGCGUAUUCGGCACAUUUGCUGAAAACCUGGCGUUUUUAUUAAGUUGUCUACAGAGUGGAGCCGACCGUCGAUGCAAAAGUAUGUUGUUUAUACUAGAAGAGUUCGACAUGUUCUGUCACAGCGGGCGCACGCAAACCCUGUUGUACAAUUUGUUUGAUAUCACGCACAGCCAGCAAGCACCUAUGUGUGUGUUAGGUGUCACUAACCGCAUAGAUGUAAUGGAGCUGCUAGAAAAGCGAGUGAAAUCUCGAUUCUCUCAUCGCCAUAUAUUCAUAUUUCCGCAUGAAGACCAACAGAGGGCACCCCAUGAACAGUAUUUAGAUGUGAUGCUGCAAUUACUAAGUAUGCCGGCCAUGACUGUAUUGAAAAAGAAGAGGAGUAGAAGAUCUACGGUUAAUUCAGAUGAGAAACAAGACACAAAUCAAGAACCUAAUUCCUUACCUCCACAUCUGUGCCGCGGCAUGGACCUGCAGCAUCUCAACCCCGAGUUCAUACAAGAUUGGAACUUACAUAUAAAAUCUUUAGCAGAGGACAGUAAAGUGAUAAAUGGAUUGGAGAAAUUAUGCUAUUAUACAGUUAACGAACAGAUAUUUAGAAAUGUUUUGUUUCAACUAGUAUCAAAACUAUCUCUUAACCAGCCAUUCAUAGACGUGGCAGAUCUAUUAGCAAUCAUAGACAAGACAGUCGCACCGAACCAUAGAGUCAAGUUAAUACAAUCUUUGUCUGUGCUCGAGUUGUCAUUGUUAAUUGCUAUGAAGCAUGGGAUGGAUAUAUUUGAUGGUCAGCCAAUGAAUUUUGAAAUGGUUUUACAUAGAUACCAAAAAUUCGCCAACGCCAAUUCAUCAACGCAGUCCGUUCCCCGGCCAGUGAUCUUAAAAGCCUUCGAACAUUUACAAGAACUGGAGCUUAUUGUGAGUGCGACUAAACAUAACUCUUCUAAAGGAGACGAUACAUGCAGUCGAGUGCAAAAGGAAUAUAAAUUGUACAGCUUAGCGGCUCCUUUAGAUGACAUAAAUGAAAGUGUUUUAGGUAAUAACUCUCUGCCCACUGACCUUACACACUGGUACAGUAAUUCUGUUGCGUAA